AUGUGUAGUGGAUAUCCACUAUGGAGGGAAUAUGGAUCUCUAUUAGAGAUCCACCUAACAUCCAUCGUGGAGAUAGAUGUCGCAUGGAGCGGUGAAGCUUCGCUGUCGAUUUUGCUAGUCGAGUCCCUCAUGUCGACUAGUCAUCACAUUUGGGCAAUGACUUUGGUAAAAGGACUACUCCAAGUGGGUCAUCAUGUACAUGUGGUGAGCAUUCACAAAGCCAACAUCGAAGAUAAUUUGGUGCAGAAUUUGACAUACGCUGUUUUCGAAAAUGUGAUGAAAGAUAUACGCGAAACCAAUGUUCACAACUUUAUUGAAUGCAUGGACUUUAGUGUAUUUUACACUAUAUAUUAUGAAUAUUCUUGGAGCAUCAAUACGUGUGAAAAAAUAAUCCAGACCAAAGGGGCGAAGGAGCUUUUAGAAAUGGUUAAACACCAUGAAUUUGACGUGAUAGUACAGGACAUUACGUUACAUCAAUGCCUAUAUGGAUUGUGGCAGGUUGCAAAAGCUAAACCACCUACAGUAGGAUUUAUCCCGUUCGGCCCUGCACCCUGGCUGAAGGAAUACAUCGAUUGCCCGAAUUAUCCAAAUAUGCGACCUUAUGGGUAUACAGCGGUCGUGAGACCUGCAAAUCUCUGGCAAAGAACGUUAAAUGUUCUUUAUUACAUUAUAGACGAUUUUAUCCGAUACUACUACUUCUUUCCCGCUUCUCAACGGCUUGCCGAGCAAUACGUAGGUCACAAAAUCAAGCCAUUACGUGAAUUAGACAAAACGAUUAGCAUCGUGUUGAUAAAUAGUCAUUUCACGUUUGACAAUGGGAUUCCGUUGCGGCCAAACGCCAUAGAGGUUGGUGGGAUGCACGCUCAAGUGCAGUCAACCACUGGGAUAGAUGCAACUUACUGCGAGGUAACGAUUAAAGAACGCAAAUACUUUUCUUAAGAAUGUAUAUAAAAAUACUAACAACAAUAUACCAACAAAACAUUUUAGGGAAAGCUAAAAAGAUUUUCUUAGUACAUUCCAGAAUUAUUAAUAAGUGAUUAGAUUAAAUCGCAUUUGAGGAAAUACAUAGCUUUCUUGUUUAGAUACAACUCAUUUUGUCGUUUUGAAUUAAUGAGUUAUAUAUAUAUGUUUUUAUG